AUGCCUAAUGGAUCACUUGAGAAGUUCAUACAUGACCAAGCUUCUUCAGAUAAUAGCCAACUUGGGUGGAAAAAGUUGCAUGAGAUUGCUGUGGGGAUUGCUCGGGGAUUAGAAUACUUGCAUAUUGGUUGCAACACAUGGAUCUUGCAUUUCGACAUAAAACCCCAUAAUAUACUUUUGGAUCAAGAUUUUUCUCCCAAGAUAUCUGACUUUGGGCUUGCUAAACUAUUCCCCGAUAAUAGAAGCAUGAUAUCAAUGUCACAUAUGAGAGGAACACCAGGAUAUAUUGCUCCGGAAGUUUAUUCUAGAAAUUUCGGGCAGGUAUCUCAUAAAUCAGAUGUUUAUAGUUAUGGGAUGAUGAUUUUGGAAAUGGUUGGAUGGAGGAAAAAUAUUGAGGCAGAGGUUGAUCAUACAAGUGAAAUAUACUUUCCUCAUUGGAUCUACAAAAAGCUUGAAUUUGAUGAAGAACUUGGACUACAUAGGAGUAUGAGCAAUGAAGAAAAUGAGAUGGCAAGAAAAAUGAUAAUAGUGGGCUUGUGGUGCAUACAAACUAAUCCCGUUAACCGACCAACAAUCAUGAAGGCGUUGGAAAUGUUAGAAGGGGACUUGGCAUCAUUAGAAAUUCCUCCAAAACCUUAUUUGUCUUCUCCAUCAAGGUUGGAUGCUUCCUCAAUUACAGAUUAA